UCUGUUCUUUCUUUCCUCCAAUAUUGUAGGUUUUCAUUCGAUCCUUCUUCAAAGUUAGGUCUUGAUAUUGCAUCUUGCAUUCUUACGAGGGCACCGAUGGGAGAAAAUGCUGAAGGAAAACCAAAAUAUGUCAUUCGACCUUAUACUCCUAUAUCUGAUCCAGAUUCCAAGGGAUACUUUGAUUUGUUAAUUAAAGUUUAUCCUGAAGGGAAAAUGAGCCAGCAUUUUGCAAGCUUAAAACCCGGCGAUGUACUUGAAGUGAAAGGGCCCAUUGAGAAAUUGCGUUAUAGUCCAAACAUGAAGAAACAUAUAGGCAUGAUUGCAGCGGGCAGUGGCAUCACUCCAAUGCUCCAGGUGAUAGAGGCCAUUCUUAAAAACCCUGACGAUCAUACUCAGGUCUCGUUGAUUUAUGCUAAUGUGUCACCUGAUGACAUACUGCUAAAGAAGAAGCUUGAUGUACUUGCGGCAACUCACCCUAAUCUCAAGGUAUUUUACACUGUAGAUAGUCCAACCAAUGAUUGGAGAGGCGGCAUCGGUUACGUAUCAAAGGACAUGAUUGUGAAAGGACUACCUCCGCCCAGUGAUGAUACACUUAUCCUUGUAUGUGGCCCUCCUGGGAUGAUGAAACAUUUAUCUGGCGAAAAGCCAAAACCUCGUGAGCAAGGCGAGCUAACUGGACUACUCAAGGAUGUUGGCUUUACAGAAAACAUGGUGUACAAAUUUUAAUUAGUUUGUAUCUUUACUUUCCCUUAUCUUUCAUUGAAUAAAAGAAUUUUGAAGAAACACAAUAUCCUACACAACAUAAUCCAAGGGUUUGGACGAGCAUUCAGGAUGUUUACUGAAGGCCAUGGUACAGAUUGUAUUAAGUGAGGAUUUUUUUUUGAAACAUCUAGAAAAUACUUAUUUUAGGGGGAAAAUAAAAAAACUUGAUAUCUCUUUACUCUUGGUUUA